AUGGCUGUUAUAAAGUUACUCAUGUGUUUAUUUGUUAUUGGAUGUAGGGCGCAAGGUAUAAGCAAAGCAGAUUUAUUUCUUCAGCAGCACCUUCCACCACCAACUACGCAACCACCAGCAGUGACAAAGAACUCGUGUGUAUUAAACGAUCAAAGUAAAGGUCGUUGUGUUAAGCCGACACAAUGUUUGAAAACUAGAGACGAAAUUGAGCUUUCUACAACGGGUGUAAACAGGGACCAAACCUGUUUCUACUUGAUGCUAUGCUGUCCACUAGACCAAAUCAAGGUUACGGAAGUCGUGACCGCCCCUCCUGCACAGAAAAAGCUGGGUUGCGGCUGGAGUAAUGAUGGUAUCGCCUUUAGAACCAACACAGAGGGCCAAGCCGGUUACGGGGAGUUCCCGUGGAUGGUGGCUUUGAUCAAGAAAUCCAAUGAUCAGGACGAUUGGGUCCAGAGGGACUACGUGGGGGGUGGCACCUUGAUACAUCCGUCUGUGGUGAUGACGGCAGCGCAUAAGCUAAAACCCCUCAAAUUUCAACCUUCGCUGGUCAUUUGUCGCCUUGGUGAGUGGGAUACGCAGAUCACAAACGAACAGUAUCCCCACGAGGAUCAGGACGUCAAAAAGAUUAUAGUGCACGAGAACUUUAAUUCAAAAACCAACGCUUUCAACAUCGCCUUACUGAUAACAAAGUCGGAGUUUGAUCUGAGUUACCCUAACACCCGUAUAGCGUGUUUAGGACGAAGUCUGCCCCAACCUGGGACGAACUGCCACGGCAUGGGGUGGGGCCAACAGCUGCAUAAACUCAUGGAAUACGCCAUCUCGUUGAAAAAGGUAUCCGUCCCAAUCGUGGACAGAGGGGACUGCGAAAUCUCUCUUCAGCAAGCCCCCGUACUAGGACCUCGGUUCAGGUUGGACAGAACCCACAUGUGCGCUGGUGGCAGACGCCAGGAUACGUGCCAAGGCGAUGGUGGAUCCCCUCUUGUUUGCAAGAUCUCGCAACCCGGGUCUGAUGCUGACCGCUUCUCAGUGUAUGGCAUGGCCGCGUUUGGCAUCGACUGCAGUGGCAACUACCCCGGGGUGUAUGUGGACGUCACACGAAUGAUUGACUGGAUAUCGGGCCAGUUCCAAAAUGAAGGCCUGGAUGCAAAAACUUUCCAAGAAUAA